AUGACAAUUAUGGCUUGGCUGCAAUACAAUUGGACCGACUAUAAAUUGGUAUGGGAUCCAAAAAAAUACGGUGGAAUAACAGACAUACGAUUUUCAGGUGCUGAUAGUGCACCUGCAAAAUUAUGGAAACCGGACAUACUGCUGUUCAACAGUGUUGCUGAAAGUUUUUCGUCGACAUAUUCAUCAAAUUUUGUGGUCAAACAUACUGGGGAGGUGAACCAGGUACCGCCCGGGAUUUUCAAAUUUACUUGUGACAUUGAUAUUACCUGGUUUCCAUUUGACGACCAACUUUGCUUCCUAAAGUUUGGUUCUUGGACACAUCCUGGAAACAUUAUUGAUUUGGACAUGGACUUAGCAACAGUUGAGACUGUGAUAAAUGGUACAAAGGUACCGUCAAUACCGAUAAGGAAUGAAGGCGAUCCACAAAACUACUUUGUUUACGAUUCAGUUGAUCGUUCAGAUUAUAUCGACAAUGGAGAGUGGUCGUUACUAAGAGUUGCAUACCAUGAACUUUUCUUCUACAUUCGUAUUCAGCGCCGAACUUUAGCCUAUGGAAUUAACCUUAUUAUACCAAGUCUUCUUAUCUCGUUAAUGACAGUCCUCGGUUUCACUCUUCCACCAGAUGCUUGUGAGAAGAUCACACUUGGUAUUCUUAAUAUGCAGUUUCCUGACACUCCCUGCCUUAGAUUAAUGUAA